AUGCGGCUGCAAAACGCAGGGCUUCUCGCCCUCUCCAACGUGCUGCUCGUCCAGGCAGUUCCGAGGUUAUACACGCCGACGACUACCUUUUCCGAAGCCGAGACAGUGACUCCAGCAGUGGUGCCUCAGACCAAUGUCACUUCCCAUGGCCCCUUUACAGGACCGCCCGCCACGACCACGGGAGCCCUUUCGACUACCGUUACAGCCUCCUCGAUCCCGGCUUUGCCUCCGGCGCCAAAUUCGUUCAACUACACAGCUGAUGGCAAACUCCAUGCUCCCCAGCCUGCACCGUUCACUCCCAGCGGCGGUAUUGGAACCAACGGUUCGGCUCCGGUGUACCGCGUCCAAAGCGACUUCGACUACCAAUCGCUAGCUUUGGCUCUCUACCAGGAAUGGAUCGAGCUUGACCUCUUCCAUUGGGGUCUGCAGAACUUCACUGUUGAGGAAUGGGAGGCUAACGGCAUCAAUGCCGAGGAGAGGUUCCUCAUCGAGUACAUGGCCGAUCAAGAAAUUGGGCAUGCCACGGUCAUCUCCAACAUGCUUGGCCCCCAGGCGCCGAAGCAGUGCACCUACAACUACCCGGUGUCCAACGUCCGAGAAUUCAUCGACUUCAACCAGAAGCUUACACGCUGGGGAGAGGCCGGUGUCUAUGGCUUCCUGCCGCAUCUGAACUCGGGACCGGCUGCUCAGUUGCUACUCCAGAGCAUCACAGUCGAGGCUCGUCAGCAGCUCAUCUUCCGCCAAUUUGGCGGGCAAUUCCCCAUGCCGGAGUGGCACACCGUGGGAAUCCCUCAGAGCUGGGCAUGGAGUCUCCUGGCACCGUACAUUUCAAGCUGCCCGUCUAACCAGACUCGACUGGUGUGGCAAAACUUCCCUGCGCUGCAUAUCAUUAACCAGCCGAACCCGGCUCGCAUCAAUGGCUCUGAUGCCUGGAACGAGACGACUGGCGGCUGGGCUAACACCCUGUCAACUCAGAACAUUUCCCGCUCUGAGCUCUGCUUGCACGCCAGGAACAAGACUUUGGACUGCGCGCCGGCUAUUUCUCAGAACCGCAGCAUCCCCCUCUCGUACCCAGGCCGUCAGGUCUUCUUGAAGUGGGAUAGUCCUGGACAGUUGGUCGGACCCAACAACAGCUACGUGACUUCGACGACGGUCAGAGAGCCUAGAUUUGCCGCUUGGGUGUCGCAGCUCAACGUCACCUACUCUCCGCUCCUUAACGUGAGCACACGGGAUAACACGGCCUACACCUUCCAGCCUAAUGCGUCGACUUGGGAUAACGAUCCGGCCAUCAAUGGCACCAUGUUCCUUGCGCUUACGGAUACCAACCUUACUGUUACGCCAUACAAUCUGACCAUGCUUAACCCGCAUGUUGCGGCCCUGGCUGUGUAUCAGGCUGGUUGA